AUCCACUGAGGAGGAGAGGCCCACACGCAUUAACCCUGAGCUGUGGACGUGCACGGACAGGGGCUUUCAGGACCGAUCUGUGAUCGUUUCCGUAGCGUUUCCUGGACAGCAGUGUCGCUCCUUUGUUGCCAUCAGUCGGCGGGGCUGCAGGAGGAAAGCCUGGGGAGGACUCGCCUCCUUAAAGCCCGAUCGCUCGGUGGCGGAAGGGACGUGAUAUGAACCCCUCAUCGGCUUAAACGCCAGUGCAGCUAAAUAGCCCCGUUUUCAGGGGGAGGGGGGAGUGAACGGAGGAUCAGAGAGGACAUUUCUACCUUUUAACCUGCAGCUGAAGGCCGAGAUAAUAUCCACGGAAACUGUAGCGAUGCCCGGGUUUGAUUACAAGUUUCUGGAAAAGCCAAAGAGACGGUUCCAGUGUCCGCUCUGCAGCAAGGCGAUGCGGGAGCCGGUCCAAGUGUCUACCUGUGGACAUCGUUUCUGUGACACCUGUCUGCAAGAAUUUCUAAGUGAGGGCGUCUUCAAGUGUCCGGAGGACCAGCUGCCAUUGGACUAUGCCAAGAUCUACCCGGACCCAGAGCUGGAGCAACAGAUCCUGGCGCUGCCCAUCCGCUGUAUCCACAGUGAGGAGGGCUGCCGCUGGACUGGCCAGAUGAAGCAGCUGCAGGGCCACUUUUCCACCUGCGCCUUCAAUGUGAUACCCUGCCCCAACCGCUGCUCCGUCAAGCUGACGCGUCGCGAUUUGCCCGACCACCUGCAGCACGACUGCCCCAAGCGCAAGGUCAAGUGCGAGUUUUGUGGCAGCGAGUUCACCGGUGAAGCCUACGAGAACCACCAGGGUGUGUGUCCCCAGGAGAGUGUGUACUGUGAGAACAAGUGUGGGGCGAGGAUGAUGCGGCGUCUGCUGUCCCAACACGGCCUAGCCGAGUGUCCCAAACGCACACAGCCCUGCAAGUACUGCGGCAAGGAGUUUGUGUUUGACACAAUCCAGAACCACCAGUACCACUGCCCUCGGUUUCCUGUCCAGUGCCCAAACCAGUGCGGCACACCCAACAUCGCCCGAGAGGAUCUGGCUAACCAUGUGAAGGAGAACUGCGGCAGCGCGCUUGUCCUCUGCCCCUUCAAAGACGCCGGCUGCAAACACAGGUGCCCCAAACUGGCUAUCGGUCGCCACCUGGAAGACACCACUAAGUCUCACCUGACUAUGAUGUGUAACCUGGUGGGGCGUCAGCGGCAGGAGAUCCUGGAGCUGCGGAGAGAGAUGGAGGAGCUGUCUGUCAGUCACGACGGUGUUCUCAUCUGGAAGCUCAGCGACUACUCCCGCAAACUGCAGGAGGCCAAGCUCCGAAGCAACCACGAGUUCUUCAGCCCACCCUUCUACACUCACCGCUACGGCUACAAGCUGCAGGUGUCGGCCUUCCUGAACGGUAACGGCAGUGGCGAGGGCUCCCACCUCUCCGUCUACAUCCGCGUGUUGCCCGGAGAGUACGACAGCCUGCUGGAGUGGCCCUUCUCCUACAAGGUGACUUUCUCCAUCAUGGACCAGAGCGACCCGUCUCUUUCCAAACCCCAGCACAUCACGGAGACCUUCAACCCUGACCCCAACUGGAAGAACUUCCAAAAGCCCUGCAGCAGCCGCAACUCGCUGGACGAGAGCACCCUGGGCUUCGGCUACCCCAAGUUUAUCUCUCACGAGGAGAUUAAGAAGAGGAACUACAUCCGAGACAACUGCAUCUUCAUCAAGGCUUCUAUAGAGAUUCCACAGAAGAUUAUGGCUUAAAAUACAACCUUUGUUUGCUUUUCAUAAAGGAGAAAGAUAGGUUAAAGACUGGAAGUGACACUUAAACCUUGAAAACUUCUACACACUUACCCUUUAGAAACUUUCUGCCCUUGCAGCCUCUCACCACAGAGCUUGAAGCGAGUCUGUUUGGCUGUGUGAGCUGACUCGGAGGACCUUGAUAUAUCACAGAGGAGAAAGUGUUUGGUCUGCAGAACCAUCACUCUCUGGUGUUUCCUUUAUCAUUUUUUUGUUUGCUGUCCUUUUAUCACAGUCUACAACAAAAAGCCUUGGAAAUCAAACAGUGCCUAGAGAUUUUAUCUUAAGUUAUAUUUUUGUUGUUAUUUCCACAGUACAGAUGUUAAAGAUUAUGGAAAAGAUAUUUGAAAAAAGGGGUGAAGGGCUUCGCUAAGCCUCUGCACUUAGAGUAGAGAGAAAGUUAGAAGCUGGCCAGAGACGUCCCGUUGGGGUGAUCUAAAGAAGAGGGAGCUCAGCAGACUCAUGCUGGAGCCCAACUGCCUUUUGUUUCCAUGCUCAUACAGUAUACUCCCACUGAUCCGUUAACAAACACAGAGCCCUUGGUCAGAGACUUGUGAGGUUUGUGUACACACAAACAUCAAAUCGAUGUUUUCAAGUGAGAAACUUGCAUCUCCAAUCUUGGUAAUUUCCUGUUUUAAAGGAAAAGUGUUACAUUUUGGUUGAGUUGAAUGAAUCAAUACCACUCUCAUAUCUGCACAUUCAAUAUAAGGCUACAGCCAGCUUUCGGUUAGCUUAGGUUAGCAUAAAGACUGCAAACUACCUGGAGUCUCAAUGGUUGCCUAGCAACUGCUUCCAAGAAAUAGCCCUCAGUAAAAUGGCAAAUUGUAAUUUUUAACCGCCUUUUUCUUUUGUACGGAUUAAAACUGUGUGAGAUAUAAUGUAUUAAUUAGUGGUCCCUAAAGCUGAUUUAUAGCUGUAUGCUGGGGUGUAAUGCUAUUUGUUUAAGUACCGGAGAGCCCCUAUGGCAAAUUGUGGCUCAUUUCGAAGGUUAUUUAACUGCUGUUCCUACGAUGGCAAGUUUACAAAAAUAUAACUAUAAAAUGAAAGGAUGUUUUGCUGCCUUGUCAUCUUCAUUAGUUAACAGUUAGCUAGCUAUACACUGAGAAAAAAUUAUUUCAUUCACUGUGCCGCUCAAAGGCUUCUCCCGGGAGCUACUGGCAACUUUUAAGGUGGAAUGGUUUUAUGUGUGUACUACCAUUGAACCGAUUGAGGCAGAAGGCGGGUGAAUUUCCUGUGCUUGUCCAUCCACUGAGAGACAUGGAUGUUAUGCUACCAAGCAGACUAAUCACAGUUGUUGUGGUCUGCACCUAGCACCUGUAAAACUCACCAAUUAACCACUUAAUAUAUUGUUUUAUAUUGUUUAAUCCUCUGUCCUUUAUCUUUGGACAGGGCCAGGCUAGUUGUUUCCUCCUGUUUCUCAUCUUUGUGCUAGGCUAAGCUAACUGGCUACUACGGAAAGAUAUGACAGUGGUAUAAAUCUUUUUAUCUAACACAGCAAAAAAGGGAAUAAACGUAUUUCCCAAAAUGUCAAAUAUACCUUUUAACUAAAAUUAAACAUGCCUCUCCUACUGCUGAGAAAAUCCUAACAUUUUUGGGCACAAAAAAUGCAACUGUCAAGCUCAACCAAGGCUGUUUUUUGUUUAGUUUUUUUACCCAAUAACAUCGAAGCUCUGAAUCUGUCUCUUGUAGUUAACCACUCCCAUCACAGGAACCGUCUGUAACUUGUGUUUGUCAGUAGUACGACCCAGUCGUAACUAGCUUCAGGAGCAUGCCAGUGUACCAAACACACGCUUCAUAAGGACCCUACGAGGCUUUGUGUCUAUAGAGUGUUGCAGGGAUUGAAGGCCGACCGGAAAAGUUAGCAUCGCCCUCGUUCCCUCGACAUUUUUUUUAAAUAAAAACAAAUGAACGUUUAUGAUACUUACACAUUUUGUACAUGAACACCAUAGUUAUGAUUUUUUAGCCUAAAUGCUUCCAACUGAUUUCUCGUGUUCGGUGUGAUGACGUUUGUAGUCUCAGUCAGCCACUUGUUAGCAACUGCCUUUUUUAAAGAACCCAUUGACUUCCAGAUGAGGGAACUGGAAGUGCAAAAAUGGAAAUUCAUUUUGGGUUUUAGGACUCAUUCCUGCAGCACUCUAUUGUGAAGUCCACUGUUGGGGGGGAAGCACCUUUCGUCGGUCUUCAGAUGAGCAGAGCAGACAAAGAGGCCAGUUGUCGGAGUACACGUGCAUUUAAUAGUGAAGGAAAAGCCAUGUGGCCUUUUUAUACAGUAUGUCUUCGCAUGAGAGUUUUAGGGGUGAGCAGGGCAACAUAAACAAAUGCAUGCUUCAUGUGCUACCACCUGGACCAUUUUUGUACUGUAACCUGUAUUCUUGAAAUCCUCUCCCGUUGAUGGCUAUUUAGUGUCUUUUUUUUUUUGGACCGUUUGAAAGUUGACAAAUUGUCAAAAAGUAGGGUUUUUUUUGUAGGUUUUUUUUAUAUACAGAAAAUGUGAACGCUGCCGGUAAUAUAACCUAUAAAGACAAUGAACACUUGGCUGUGAAGUGAACUGUUUUACAUAGCCUGGGCAUGGCUGGUGAACUCUUUGAAAAGAUGGUUAAUGACAUGGUCUCUGCAAAUAUGUGGGUGUCUUGGGGCUGACUACACCUUUUGUUGUUACCAUGGCCACUGGUGUCUAUCUUCAGCUCGGCACACAAUGUUGCGACGAGGAGAUGUUGGAGGAAUGUGUGAUACACCUGCCCCCAUCAUAGCACCAUCAGAGGGGUGGAGGACUCUGAUGAUACAGUACACUCAUGAGUCAUGGCAUAUGUGAAUACUAAUGUAAAAAUGCAGAAGCACAUUCUUUCUUUUUAUUAUUCUACAUGAAAAAUUCCUUAUUUCUUGUCAUAAUACCAGCUGAUAUUUUACAGUGAUUUAAAGAAGUGAGAAGAUAAAACUUUUUUGUAAGAUUCUGUAUUUUUUAAAAUACUUAGCUGUUUUAUACAAACACUUUUCGUUGGAGAGUCGGGGUUGACUAUGGGAAUUUUCAGACCCUUUUGCCUCUUUGGACAUUUGGAUAAUUUCUUUGUACUUGUGGUUUGAGCCUCACAUAUUCUGUCUGUAUUAUUUCCUCUUAAAAGUAUUUAUUUUAAGGAGCCAUCAUGUGAGUUUGAACAGAUGGCAAAAAUGUUUGAAUAUGUUGAUUGAAGAGUGCUUGUCAAUUUCUUAAUUGAAAUAAAAUACCAUAUAUUAUA